UGAGGGUGAAAGGUCAGCAGGGAGUUGGCUACGCUCUAACGGAAGUUGAAUUUACAUCACUUCCUGGUCUUUCCUUUGGACGUCUGGCGGGCACACGUGCUGCCCGGCGGGUAAUUUUUGUUGCUGCGGCUACCUCCUGCUAGGUCGGGUUGCCAUGAGUUUGCCUCUGAAUCCGAAGCCCUUCCUCAACGGGCUGACUGGAAAGCCCGUGAUGGUGAAGUUGAAGUGGGGGAUGGAAUAUAAAGGCUAUCUUGUCUCUGUCGACGGUUACAUGAACAUGCAGCUUGCAAAUACAGAAGAAUAUAUUGAUGGUGCAUUAUCUGGACAUCUUGGUGAAGUUCUAAUAAGGUGUAAUAAUGUCCUUUAUAUAAGGGGUGUGGAGGAGGAGGAAGAAGAUGGAGAAAUGAGAGAAUAAACUCGUUUUUGGAAACAUUUUUAAAAGUGUUCCUAUCUCUUUUUUUUAAAAAAAAAUCCAAUAUUUGUCAUGUUUGAGUUCUGUAGUACAUUUGUAAAUGACCUUGCAUACUGUAGCUGGUUGAUAAGUUAAUUUUUGUUUGACAGAAAAUGUUGACUAUGAAAUAAAGAUUCCAUCUGACUUUUCAAAA